CAGAGAAUGAUGAAAACCUUUGAGCACAAAUUGUUGACACCAUCCCUCAAGUCAAGUGCAACUAGUGCCAUUUUCAAUUCUUUAGGCUCUGCACAAGGCACUCCUUCAGAAAUAAGCUUCUCAAAUGAUGACUUUUAUGAAGAUCCCUACUGUUUCUCUCCCUUGAGUUGUGAAGCUGUGCCUAACUGUGUAAGAAGAAUAUUACCCGUGGAAAUCAAAAUGAACUUCAUUCACAAACAAAGAUGUUUUCAAUAA